CCCAACGUGCCCAUAUAAUAACCCCUCCUCUCUCCCACCACUCAACCUGGUUUUCACUUUCUCUCGUCACAACCACAACACGCGAACACAUUAACGCAACUCUCUCGCUCUCUGCUUCUCGGUGCCAUGGCUUCCAUAUCUCCUCCGACCCCCCACAACCUGAACUUCUCAAUCCCCAAAUUCCCAUCCAGAAGACCAUUCUACCCCUCCCCUUCCCACCCCUUCUCCCUCUGCCGCUGCCGGUGCCACCACCACAACCCCUCCUCCGACAACUCCGUGCGCUGGCGAUGGGACUCUGCGCUCCACGACGUCGUCAGCACCGCCUUCAAACGCUUCGAUUCUUACUUUAACUCGACCAAGAAAGAGCCCAGGGUCGUUCGCACUGCGGCGGAGGAAGAGGAAGAUGACGACUGGGAUUGGGAUCGCUGGCGCAAGCACUUCGACGCAAUCGACGCCCAGGAGCGCCUCGUCUCAAUUUUGAAGUCACAGUUGGGUCGUGCUGUGUAUACAGAGGAUUAUGAGGAUGCUGCGAGGCUCAAGGUGGCCAUUGCAGCUGCAGCUACGAAUGAUACCGUUGGCAGAGUGAUGUCUCAUUGGAAUAAAGCUAUAGAGGAAGAGCGUUUCCAGGAUGCAGCGUAUAUGCGAGAUAGUGCUGGUGCUGGAUUGGUCGGAUGGUGGGCUGGCAUUUCAAAAAAUAUCAAUGAUCCUCAUGGUCUAAUUAUUCGAAUAACAGCUGAGCAUGGAAGAUAUGUGGCGAGAAGUUAUAGCCCUCGGCAACUUGCUACGGCCACAGCUGGUAUUCCCUUGUUUGAAAUUUUUCUUACAGUAAAUAAGAGAGGUGAAUACAAACAGCAGGCUGUGUACUUAAAGCGAAGAGGAGUUUUUCGAGACUCUCCAACAGUUCGCUCUAAACCAUUGGAUGCCACUAGCAGCUUGAAUCCAUUAGACUCAACUGAAGACAAAAGUGAUCUACUUGUUGUGAAUUCUGAAGAUCCCGAAGAUGGUGAUGAUAGGGACGAUAGUUCUGAUCUAGCUGAGGGUAUAUCCAGUUUCCAGAACAUCUUAAGAGAUAUGAUUCCUGGUGUAAAGGUCAAGGUCUUAAAAGUGACAGCGCCAGGGAAGGUGGACAGGGAUUUGAUAUCUAAGGUGAUUGAGCAGAUAAUUGAGGAAGAAGAUGAAGAGAAGGACAAUGAGAUAGAGAGUGUAGAAGCAGAAGAUGAAGUUAAUGAGAUAAGUGACCUAGAGAGAGAUGACAUUGAAAUGGAUGCUGAUCCAGGAAUUAUUGAAAGUGAAGAGCGAAACGAAAUUGCAGUUAAAGUUGUUGUUGGUGGACUUGCACAGAAACUCUCCAACAGUGUGCCUACUAAAGAUUUACUUCGAGUACCUGCUAAUCUAGAGAAGAAGGGACGUUUGUCAUUUUCCUUUUCUAUAGAGAAAAACAUAAAUGAGCAGGAUUCUGGUGGCAAGGAACAAGCUUCAGUAGAUAAAUCAGCUAAGCUUCGAGGUCAACGCAGUAUUGACCAUGUUAUGUUUGAUCUUGCAAAAUUCAUUGGUAGGGAGAAGAUACCCUUGAAGGUGCUCAAAGAUGUUGGUGAAUUAAUAAAUCUGACUCUCAGCCAGGCUCAAAAUUAUCAACCACUAUCUGGAUCGACAACCUUCAAUCGCAUUGAGCUGCCAACUUCUCUAGAUCCUCUAAAUGGACUUUACAUUGGUGCACAUGGGCUGUACUCCUCAGAAGUCAUUCAUCUGAGACGCAAAUUCGGUCAGUGGCAAGAGGAUGGUGGUAAAAAGGAGCCUUCAGAUCUUGAAUUUUAUGAAUAUGUUGAAGCCACAAAACUUACGGGUGAUCCUUACGUACCUGCUGGCAUGGUAUCAUUCCGUGCGAAGGUUGGGAAACGGUAUCAGCUUCCACAUAAAGGGAUCAUUCCUGAAGAAUUUGGAGUGAUUGCUCGCUAUAAAGGUCAAGGGAGGCUUGCUGAGCCUGGGUUUCGCAAUCCUCGAUGGGUUGAUGGUGAACUUGUCAUUCUUGAUGGAAAGUACAUUAAAGGGGGGCCUGUUGUUGGGUUUGUCUAUUGGGCCCCUGAAUAUCAUUUCUUGGUGUUCUUCAAUAGGCUGAGGCUUCAAGAGUAGAUACUCGGUGUACAUACUAUGUCCAAGCUUGUAAAUUCUUUGUUCAGAUUUUGUAAGUUUUAGGUGUAGUUUUUUUUCCAAGUAAAGCAGCAGAGAUAGCCUGGAGAUCUUAUGCUCACUCAACUGACCAGCGCACUUGUAAGCAUUAUUGACUCGAUCACAAUGAAAGGCCCCUCUCAAUCUCAUUGCUCCUUGUUUGGGGGCAACCCCUUCCACAUCAAUGUUUUUCAAUCUUUGCAGUACUAUAAUGCUAAUAUUAUCAGGGGUUUGUCUAGUAACUUGGCAGUAUAUUUCCCAUGUUCUAACUCAAAUUACUUGAUAGUUCCAGCUUCUGGAUGGGUCUUUUGAAAUACCAUAGCUAGAGAUGUACAUAUGUGAGGCCUUUUGAUGGCCUUAAUUUCGGGGUGCAGUUCAAUAAGGAUAAUAUUUAAGUGCGUUGUAAUGAUAUAUAUAUCUUUUCUCAAUAAUUAAUAUUAGAAGUACACCAUUUACACCA